CCCCUUGCACAUGCGACCGUCGUCCGUCCGUACGUCGUCCCUCCCACGUUCCGACCUCCGUCCGCCCCGCGCGCCUCCGAGAGGCGUCCUCUUCGCCGAGAAAUGCCGGCGAGGAGGGUGGCCAUCGACCUGCUCCGGAACGCCUCCCGCGAGGCGUUCCAGGCGGCCGUCUCCACCAUGCUGAAGCCGCCCACCUCCAAGCCCCUCCACCACGACCACCGGUGAAGAGGCCAACCAGCACGGCGGUCGGGCUCGCUCUCGGAACAGCACACCCGCUUCGCCUCGCAGCAAGCAACCCAGCAACCGCGUACGUGCAUGCGUACGCACGGGGCGGCAUGCAACGCGCACGACGUGUCUCCACCUACUACGUACCUUCUUCCUGCGAUCCAUGGCUCCGGAUUGGACGGACGCCGUGCCUUCGGUAGACGAAGCUCCGUCGUCGUCAUAUUCUAUGUGUGUGCGUUUGGCUCCACUGUACGUCACUCCCGUGUACUACAAUGUAAAACGUCAAGACGUACGUAGUGUACCAUACAUACAUAUACAUGGAUAAUAUAUCUCCAAUGGCAAGGAGGAGCCAUGCAUACACCUCGUCAGCAAAGUGUGCCUUGUGGUAGCUACGACGGGAGCCCGGUCAAGGUCGCCGGCCCUCGCCGGUAUCGUCUCGCUGUCACUGCCAAAUAUACAAUGCGCGCCGAGCGAACGACCGCAGUUGGGAACGUGGGAGUGGGAUCGAUAAGAAUCGGCGAUGCGCCCCUGGUCAAUGGCAGGGCCGAGGGAGCCAACGAGCGUAUCGCCAUUUGCAGCUAGCGAGCGAGCUCGGGACGGACCGGAGGCGGGAGCGCGCGAUGAUGUCGGAGAGGAGAGGGGAGUGGGAGGACUACCGGACGCCGCACGGGCUGCUGAUGGCGGUGGUGAUGGGGGCGGUGGUGGCGGGGCCGCUGUUCGUCCUGGACGGCGGCGAGGCGCUGCGCGAGGCCCUGUCGGAGCUGCUCGGGCCCGUGGGGCUCCCGCUGCUGCCCCUUGGCCUCGUCGUCCUCAUCCGCGUCCUCUCCUCCGGCUAUCGGCUCGUCGACGUCCUCGGCUUCGCCCUGGGAGAGUCGCUCGACGCCGCCUACCGCUCCGGGCGGGGGUCGCCGGUGGGGGUCGUGCUCGCGCUGCUGUUCUUCCUGCUCGCGGUGUACUACAGGUCGUGGUCGCCGUUCGGCGGCGACGACGAGUAGCUGGCGUGGGCUCUGGCUGGUGAGAUCGGGCGUGCGGUGCGGGUUUGCAUGUGUGAUGCAUGUGCGAUCGGCAGCCUGCUGCUUAGUUGUAAUAUAAUCGGCAAAAAUAACAUUGAGCCUCUUUGAUUCGAAGAAUUUUUAGAAGGUUCUGAUCGUAGGCAUGUUUUCUACCAGAGUUGUUGGAUUCAUAGGAUUGCAAACCGUACAAUUUUUUUCGGUUGUUAUAAGAUUUAUUUGUACGUUUUGUAGCAAAUUUUUCCAUCCACCUUAACCUCUUGAAAACGAAUUCUACAUCUCUCAUGUACGCAAUCAAACAGCCAUUAUGCAUGCCUGCUGCUU